AUGGACACGUCCUACCCGCGCGACGACCCCGCACCCGCGGCAUCCCGCAAGCGGGACCCUCCUCCCACCGUCAUCGGCGUGGGCGCCUCCGCGGCGCCCCGCGACCACCUCGUCUGGUCCCUCUUCAACACCAUCUACAUGAACUUCUGCUGCCUCGGACUCGUGGCGCUCGCCUUCUCUGUCAAGGCGCGGGACCGCAGGGCGGCCGGGGACGUGGAAGGCGCGCGGCGCUGCAGCUCCAGGGCCCGCUGCUGCAACGCGCUGGCCACGGCGGGGAGCCUGGUCCUGCCGCUGCUGCUCGUGGCCCUCGUCGUCACGGGCGCCCUGCACCUCUCCAAGCUCGCCCAGGACUCCAUCGACUUCUUCAGCUACCAGCUCAGCAUCGACGACGACGACGACGACAACAAGUGA